UAAAAGUGGGUAUUUGAAAUUUUGCCGCAUGCUAAUUCUAAUUGAAAUUAUUAAUCAAGUGAUUAAGCGGUAUCACGAUCCUUCGAUUUUGAAUCAGGCAUCACAAAUUCACAACCAAAAUCCAUGUCGUCACUUCAGUAGAUUGAACAAAGUAUUUAAUUAGUUGAUAUUGGUUCGGAUUAUAAUUUUGAUCUGCCAAAGAAUCUCAAAUUGGAGCCAAAAACCUCUGUAAAAUUUUCUGCAGACCAUGGCGCCGCCCGAUCUCCGCCGCCCCUUCAAACGGGCUGCAAUCUCCGACCAACAGAGGCGGCGGGAGAUCUCCUUGCAGCGGCAGGCCCAGAACCGCCGCGACGCCCAGCACCAGGCCCGCUUUUUGGCGCUCACUACUCUCUCCCUUCAAAACGAUUCUGCCGCGCCCGCGCCCGAGCCCGAAUACGAACACAGCGAGCCCGAUUUCGAAUUCGAGCCAGAGUCCGAAGUGAAGGCCAAAGAUUUUGAUGUUAGAGAAGCGGCCAGCCUAAGAGGGCAAGAAGCGCGGCGAUGGUUCGCGAAGCAGCUCAUGCUGCCCGAAUGGAUGAUUGAUGUUCCCGACCGCUUGAAUUCGGACUGGUAUGUAUGUGCUAGACCGGCUGGGAAACGUUGCUUUGUGGUGUCAUCUAACGGUGUCACGGUUAGUAGGUUACGCAAUGGUAGUUUGCUGCAUCGCUUUCCAUCUGCUUUACCCAAUGGUGCCAAGACCAAUAACAGCAGCCGGUCUGGCCAAUCUUAUUGUAUACUCGACUGUAUAUUUCACGAGGCUGAUCAGACAUACUAUGUCAUUGACAUGGUUUGCUGGGCGGGAAUGUCGAUGUAUGAAUGCACCACCGAAUUCAGAUUUUUCUGGUUGAGCAGCAAGCUUGCUGAGUCGGAGGCUUGCAAUGAUCCUUCGCCUUACCAUAAAUAUACGUUCAGAACUCUGGUCGUAUACAACUGCGACCAGGAGGGUCUAAAAGCAGCUUAUACUGCACCAGUGUCGUAUGUGAAGGACGGGCUCUUGUUCUACAAUAAGAAUGCACAUUAUGAAUCAGGAAAUACCCCUUUGGUAUUAGUCUGGAAGGAUGAGAAUUGUAGUCAGUAUGUUCUUGAUACGGAUAGUAAUGGACAAAUUCCAAAUCAGCAACAGGUAGUGUUGGAGCUACUAGAUGAUGGGAGACUGGCUACCCUAGAUGAUCCUCCUGUUAUAUUUGGUUGCUUGGACAGUGAUUUCAUCCAAAAGGAAUUCAGACUGGUGAUCUCCUAAGAUUUGCCAUCAACGAAGGGGCUUUAUGUUUUAAAGAUGGGCAACUAGAAAGAGCUGAUCUAAACUAUCUUGGGAAACCUAACCGUGCACGAGCAUUUGCUGAUAGUUACUCCAAGGUAAGCAGACAAUUUUAAACUGUUUUUCGUUGAAUUCAUGUAGUCCAUUCCAUAUAAAAUGAAUAAUCAUGUCACAGCAUUUUGUUGACCCAAAAUAUGAUCUUUCAACCUUUUUGUGCAUAACUUGUCACCAUAAAGCUCAAGCCAUUUUUUUUUAUCAGUUAAUGAAAGAGUCUCAGCUCGUUAGUUGGGACAUGGACUUCAUUUAAUGCUGAACAUCAAAUUUAGUUCCAUCCAACGUUAUAAUGAUGACAGAGUUCACCAAGAUAACAUGCUUUUGAUCUCUCAUUAGAAACUUCUAUAUGAUGUUCCCAUCUUUCCUUGGUGCUGAAACAUCAACCACGGGUCACUUAAAUUCUACUUGGCUUCAACCACCCUAUAUCAGAAGUUGCAAAUGAUGAUAAUGCUCUGAUUGUUUAAUCACAUUUGCUCAUGCAGAAUCGUGAAUCUAUUUAUAUGUUUAGAUGUACUCUAGGUCCAGUUCAUGCUGCUUCUUUUCUCGAUUUGGUUUAUAACUUGAACAAAGUCAAGUGAGGCCCACAAAAAUCGCGAUAAAAGGAAUCUGGGAGAUACACUUUGAACUUAGAAUUGGCAGCCAAAAUAUAUUUUCAGACCGUUAUUGUAUUGGCAAUGGAUAAGGGUCAGACAAGAGUAUGGAUACAGAUUUUCAUUUUCAAUCCUCUCUCACGUGUUCCGUAGAUGAAUACGCUUGUUUUGGCGACACUCUAACGCAUGUAUUCAUGUCAUUAACUUGUUUCAGGUCAUGUUCCAGUACGCAGCUCGGCAUUCUCCUCUCAGAAUAGAGCAUCUUGUUGCAUCAUUCGAUUCAUCCAACGAAGAACGAGACGUAGAUAUGGUUGGUUGAAAAUCUGGGUGGUUUGCUUUGCAGUGGCAGAUGCUGGUGAGGAGCUAAAUUUAUCUUUCUCUGUGAAUCAUUGUCAUUUUGAAAGAUCUUUUUGGUGCUGUGUUGAAUGGAAAUCACAUGUAUGAUCAAAACUCAAAAGCAGUAGGGUCAUUAAUUUGGAAGAAUCUUAACCGUUCAUCAAACGUACUCAUUUAUAGAGACGAAUAUAAAAAAUGAUUGUUCGGUUA